AUGUCUCAGGCUUCGCAGCAAGAGAAGCACGUUCUGCACAGGAAGCUGGAAAUUAAUGAACUGGCAUCUGGGCAGAGAGAGGCAGAGCUGACUGCAGAUUUAGCCGUCUUGAGGGCUGAGCUGGAGCGACAUCACAGCCAGGGGCGCGACCGGCGAAGGGAUGAGAGCGAGCAGCUGACUCAGUUAGCCAAUCAUAACCAACGCUUGGUGGAACAGCUAGCAGAGGCUGUAACACUGGAACAUUCCUUGAGGAUCGAGCUUCGUUCCCUCAGAGAAGAUAUGGAUGAAUCAUCUUUCAGCCGAAAUAUCAACUUCACACAAUUAGAGAACAUUCAAGCAGAGAACAGAGUUUUGCUGGAGCGGCUGUCGUACAUAGAGGCACAACUAAAGGCUUCACAGGAGGACAGCGAUAGACUCCGCAUGGAGAGAGAGACACUGAGAGCCAGACUGUCAGAAACACAAACAAAACUGAGAGAGAAAGAAGCAGAGCUAGAGCAGGAGCAGGGAGUGGUGUUUGAGUUGCGAACCGUGAAUCGCUCUCUACAGAAAAAAACUCUGAACUUGGGAGAAGAAAUAAUUCUGGACAGUACACAAACAGAACCUUUGUCUCUGCAUAGUGAAAUUCAGCAAUCACAGGCCAAAGAGGCUCUUCUAGCUCACUCCACAGUCCUGCAAGCAAGAGAUGAAGAGAUAAAAGCUUUUACAGAGGAGCUGCAAUCUCAAAGAGAAGAGCUGGAGUCUUUGAGGCAGGAAAUCAAGCCAUUUAGAAGCAGUCCUGGACAGCCAAGCUACAGUUCUUUAGAGAGGGAAUUGGCCAUGGCGCGUCAGGAGAAAGAAUCACUAACUCAGCAGCUUCUCAACACCAUCAAACACAAGGUGGUACUGUCUCAAGAGCUGGAGGCCUGGCAGGAGGACAUGCGGUUGGUGAUCAAUCAGCAGGUGCAGCAAAGGGAGGAGGAGAGACAGAGAGAAAAACUGAGAGAGAAAAACAACACAGUAGGAUUACAAAGAAGCAAGUCUUUAAAAGUGAAGGGAGAGGGAGGGAAAGGAUUCUUCUCCUUUUUCAAAGACAAAUAACAGAGAGAAAUGGCAGCAGUUUAAAUGAACAGAGUAUCAGCCUUUAUCUUUGCCACUGUGAGCUUCUGCUGCAAGAUAAUGUACACUGUAAUGUGUUAUCAGCAUCAAAAAGUGAAA